CUCUCGUCAAGGAAAUUGUAUAUUUGGUAUAAGCCGACCAAUCCAUUUUGCCCGACCAUCAUGUCUCCACCAUCAAAAUCUGAAGAGAGCCCUAUUGGCAAAACCUCUCAACCUCCACCAAUAUCUUCACUUACCACCCGAAUAUGGCCGGCAAAUCUUAUGCAAAUUAUUCUUCAGGAAAUAAAAACACAACGAGGUAUAACUCUGCCCUUGUUGGCAAUGAAUUUGACAUGGUUUUCCAAAACAGCUAUCACAACUGUUUUUUUAGGCAGGCUUGGAGAGCUCCAGUUGGUUAGCGGCACUCUUGGGUUCACUUUUGCUAACGUCACUGGCUUUUCUGUCUUGAAUGGGCUAUCCGCUGCCAUGGAACCUCUCUGUGGUCAAGCUCAUGGGGCUAAGAAUUUCAUGCUGCUACACAAGACCCUCCUCAUGGUAACAUUCUUGUUGCUAUUAGCAACCCUGCCUAUAUCUUUCUUGUGGCUUAACGUGGACAAAAUUCUAAUCCAUUGUGGCCAACAAGAAGACGUUUCGCGUGUUGCAAAGAACUACCUUUUCUAUCUCUUCCCUGACUUAAUAAUCACCUGUUUGUUAUGUCCUCUUAAAGUCUACUUGAGCUCACAAAGUGUAACAGUUCCUAUAAUGUUUAGCUCAGCUUUGGGCCUAGCUUUUCACAUCCCGAUCAACAUCUUGCUUGCAAAAGCCAAGGGUCUUGAAGGGGUGUCUAUGGCAAUAUGGAUAACCGAUCUUAUGGUCGUGAUUUUACUUGCUUCAUACGUGUUGAUGAUGGAAAACAGGAAGGGAGGGAAUUGGAAGGAGGGAGGGUGGUUAGACCAGGGCGUUCAUGACUGGCUCAGGUUGCUAAAACUUUGUGCACCAUGUUGCCUUACCACCUGCCUUGAAUGGUGGUGCUGGGAGAUCUUGAUCUUGCUUACCGGACGACUACCAAAUGCCAAGCAAGCAGUUGGGGUGAUAGCAAUUGUGCUAAACUUUGACUACUUGCUUUUCUCUGUGAUGCUAUCACUAGCAACUUGUGCUUCCACUCGUGUGUCGAAUGAGCUUGGUGCAAAUCAAGCAGGUCGUGCUUACCAGUCAGCAUAUGUGUCUCUAGGAGCAAGCACCAUUUCAGGUUGCAUUGGUGCCUUGGUGAUGGUAGGAGUCCGAGGUGUUUGGGGGUCUCUGUUUAGCCAUGAUCAGGGAAUCAUAAAAGGUGUAAAGAAGAUGAUGUUGCUAAUGGCUUUGAUUGAAGUAGUAAAUUUUCCUUUAGCAGUUUGUGGAGGCAUCGUCCGGGGAACAGCUCGGCCAUGGUUGGGCAUGUAUGCCAAUCUUGGUGGGUUCUACUUCCUAGCCUUACCAGUGGCAGUACUCUUAGCCUUCAAAGCAGCACUAGGGCUCGGUGGGUUGUUGGUAGGUUUCUUGAUUGGAUUGGUCGCGUGCUUGAUUUUGUUGGUAGUAUCUGUUGUGAGGAUUGAUUGGGAAGUAGAAACUGAAAAGGCACAAAAACUGGCGUCCUGUGACGUGCAAGAAGUGGACGUUAAAGAACGCGUGAAUCACCGAACCACGGAAACAGUGGAUGGUGCUGAAGCAUGAGAAUGACUAGAAAACGGUUGUCUCGUUUCUAACACUCCCAUAAAUGCUGGACUUCCUGACACAACUCUCUUAAGGAAAAAUUACAGCAAAACCAAACUCAUUUGAGACAACUCCCUAAUGGAACUUUUAAAAUUCAGGAUUCCUAUCCAUUUUCAAGCCUUUCGGUAAUUCAAAGGCAUCAUUUCAUCAAUUCACUGUUCAUGAAUCACUCCAAAUUUCAAUUCCUGGUAGCUUCAGUUCUUAUAUGGCCAGCCAUUUACGAUUCUGUCUUCAGAUAGUUUCAUCCAAUCAUGAAAUGGGUCGUAAGA